AGAGCUCACCUCGCGGGAACGGGGUUUCCCAUAAUGCACCACGCGACGGAUCUUCCUCCUCUUUCCGCCAUAUUACAGAUCUGGCACCAUGGUGCGCAUGAACGUCCUCGCCGACGCGCUGAAAAGCAUCAACAAUGCAGAGAAACGCGGCAAGCGCCAGGUCCUGAUCCGGCCCUGCUCCAAGGUCAUCGUCCGCUUCCUGACCGUCAUGAUGAAGCACGGCUACAUCGGCGAGUUUGAGAUUAUCGACGAUCACAGGGCUGGCAAAAUAGUUGUGAAUCUCACAGGCAGACUAAAUAAGUGUGGGGUCAUCAGCCCACGCUUUGAUGUCCAGCUUAAAGACCUUGAGAAGUGGCAGAACAACCUGUUGCCCUCCAGACAGUUCGGGUACAUUGUGCUGACGACCUCGGCUGGCAUCAUGGACCACGAAGAAGCCAGGCGGAAGCACACAGGAGGGAAAAUCCUCGGCUUCUUUUUCUAAGUCGUGUAGAUGCUGGCCAAAUAAAGUGCUUUGAUUCCACA